GCGACCGACCCUCUCUCACCAUGACAACGGCAGAUGACUUUUAGCAUCGUCGGGAGACAGCCGUUACCUCCGCCGCCGGUGAUAUAGAGGCGUUUUUUUCCUAAUAAAUUCGUGUUUUAAAUCGGCCCGCCUGGUUUAUUUUUCAUGUCGGAAGGUCGCUGGAGCUGAUAGAGCCCCUCAUGAGCGGGAGGCCAGCCGGAGGCAGAGAGAGACGCUGUUUUACCGAGUGAACAACAACAACAACAACAUGGCUCUGCUUCAGCAUCCCCGGCUGCUGCUCCCCUGUGUUUUCCUGCUGCUCUUCGCCGGCCGUGUCCACGCCCGCUCCUCUCAGAUAUCAGAUCUGAAAUCUAAAAUCUCCGGGGUGGAGGAGCUGCUGGAGGAAUUCCGGAAGCAGCUCCAGCAGGACCAGGCAUACAGAGCGGCCGACGUGAGCGACUCCUGCGUAGGCGACUUCAGCGCCGCGGAGCAGCGCAUCAUCCGGACAAAGGCCUCCAUCGAGCAGGGAGCCACCUUCCUGUUGGCCCCGGACACGGUGUACACCUGGAGGGACUGCUUGCACGCCUGCUGCUCGCAGCCUCACUGCACGGUGGCGGUGGUCCAGGAGGACCUGCAGCGACCUGCGGACAGCCUCAGCUGUUACCUGUUUAACUGCACCUACAGGAAUAAAAACAUCUGCUCCUUCGCUCCGCAGGAAGGCUUCACCACCUACAGCCGGACACCGAACGGCACGCUGGGGCACCGGCCUGGAACCACCGGGAGCCCCCGGCGAGCUGGGGAGGAUGACACCCCAGAAACGGACGAGCCUCCUCGCAGCGAUGCGGGGCAGGACGUGGUGAUCCAGCUGCCCACCGACUGGGCCGUCCUGGACGGCAGGGACAGCGUGGACGACCACAGGAUCACCCACUACGAGUGGACUCUCGUUAGAGGAGACACAGCCGUCAACAUGAAGGCGACCCACCCAGGGCUGCUGAAGGUCAGCGGUAUGCAAGAGGGCGUCUACACGUUCCAGAUGACUGUCACCGACUCGGCGGGGCAGAAGAGCUCCGACAACGUCUCCGUCACCGUGCUGGCACCAAAACACCAGGCGGAGGUUUGCACUGGUGACUGCUCCAACUACCAGUUCAAGUGUGACGAUGGCUGCUGCAUCGACAUCUCCUACGCCUGUGACGGGAGGCAGCACUGUCCCGACCGCUCUGACGAAGACUUCUGCUCAAACUUCGAUGGUGGCCGGAAGUCAGUGACCCACCCGGUGAAUCCCUCCAGCCCUCAGAGACCUGCAGCCCGGACCCAGCAGGCGGACGGUGCCGCCGUGCUUCCAGAGGCAUCCAGGAAAACAGUCGUAUCAGCGGUAGACGGGAGCAGCGCCGUUCCUGCUCAGAGCCUCAGCGAGCAGCAGGGCGCGUCUGCUAACCAAGAUCCGUGCGCUGCAGAUCCGGUCGUUGGCCCCUGUAAAGGCACCUUCCCUCGGUGGUACUACGACCAAACGGCCCGAGAAUGCAAACACUUCCUGUACGGUGGUUGCCAGGGUAACCACAACAACUUCCUCCAGGAGUCGGACUGUGUCAGCGAAUGUUUGCAGAAAAGCUCGGCCGUCAGCCCAACCAGUGCAGCCGCCUCCGUCACAAGGCCGACUGAGAAAGCUGCGCCUAAAGUUUCCAAAACCCAAGCAGAGAGUAGCGACAUAAUCUCCAAACCAUUUCCAGUUAAAGGCGGACACCCAGGCCCGGAGUCAGGUGCAAUUCUUCCUCUGGCGCUCGGCAUCCUCAUCACCGCCCUGCUCCUGCUCAUGAUCGGCUGUCGUCUCAGACUCGUUCGUCACAAGCUAAAGAAAGCGCGACCGCUCACCACCGAGGAGUCCGACUACCUCAUCAACGGCAUGUAUCUGUAGCCUAGGAAGCUGUUAGCGCUUCGUCUCAGACUGAAACAACCAUACGCUCUGCCGCCCUUAAAAAAAAUCUAAUUACAAAUCAAUAAAGAUGUAUCGUUUGCUGUUUAAAAUCAACCAAACAACCCGCUAAAUUACAUAUCAGACAUUGCUCCUGCACAAAACGUCAUUUCUGCCACUAGGGGUCACUGAUGUGCCAUGUUUGUGCUGCACCUGUUACCACAGCUAGCUUGAAUGAAAGACGAGUAUUUGAGUGCCCGGUUACCAUGGUUGCCAUCCAUAAAUCCUGUUCGAGUCCGAAUCGGUUAAGCCACACCGUGUCCUGCGAAUCGUCCUGUCUUUACAGCAUGUUUUUUUUUUUCUUGUGAUAAAUCAUUAUAAACAAUUUUAUUUGGUUUAAUGUUUGAAAUAAAUAAAAUAAAAGUACCCCAUGGAAAGGAAUUUUACAAUAUUGUGGUUAUUUGUAUUAGUUAAUUUGUCUUUUCUUUAAGAUUGAUGGGGAAUUUACUUACACAGGUAUGUGUAAAUAAAAUACUAAA